AUGACAGGCCUUUCAGGAAAACCAGGUACAUAUCUACCAGGCUCCCACUUUUUCAGAUGUCAAACAUAUGAAGGUGGUAUCGCUGGAGAACCUGGUUCAGAAGCUCAUGGUGGGUACACAUUUUGUGGGUUGGCUACUAUGAUUUUGAUUAAUGAGGCUGAUAGACUGGACUUGUCAAGUUUGCUUGACUGGGUGGCAUUUCGUCAAGGAGUAGAAGGUGGAUUUCAGGGCCGAACAAAUAAGUUGGUUGAUGGUUGUUACUCCUUUUGGCAAGGAGGUGUCCUUGCUUUGAUGCAAAGGUUAUUGCUAAUUGUUGACAAGCAAUUGAUGCCAUCAUCUGACAACGGAGAGUCGUCAUCUAUUGGAAGUACAUGCAGUAUUAAAUCAUCUGAUUUGGUUGGACAGGGAAGUGGAAAACUUUCAGACAUUGGUUUCCAUUUCGUCAAAAUAUAUGCUGAAUCUGUCCCUCUAUUCCACAGCAUUGCCUUGCAACAAUAUAUACUCCUUUGUUCACAGGUACUGGAGGGAGGGUUCAAAGACAAGCCUGGGAAAUAUCGAGACUUCUACCACUCAUGUUACUGUCUCAGUGGGCUUUCUGUUAGCCAAUAUAGCUGGUGGAAGGAUGCUGGUGCAUCCCCAUUGCCCACGGCAGUUUUGGGCCCAUAUUGUAACCUGUUGGAGCCCAUCCAUCCACUCUACAAUGUUGUUCUGGAUAGAUACCAUAAAUCAUUUGAUUUCUUCUCAACAUCAUGAGCAGCAAGGUACCUCCAUAAGCAUCCACCGGUGGAGUGCACAGUGGACCUAACUUUAUAUACUUGUCAAAUUAAUACCAUGAAGACCUUAUAAUGAUGAGGCAAAAGAUCCAUCUAAAUUCAUCUAAACCCAAAAUAUCAUUCAUAUGUAGUCUGUAACUGCUGUUUCGUUUGGUAGAUUUCUUUGGGAAACAGAAGCCCCAGAUCUUAAAAGUCAAUGUAUCAUUAAACAGCUUGUAGAAACUUCAGGCAAAGGGAAAGGGAGGAACAAGAAUUGAAUGUAGGCUUGCAUAUUUUAUUUGUAUAUGUUGUGGGAAAUAUCAUGGUAGGGUGUAGCGAUAGUUUUUAAUAUAUCGAUAUGUUUUCAACAUGCUCAAGGUGGUGCAGUGUUUCAAGUACCAUUCUAGCAGGAGGAUUUCAUGUGCUGUUGAAGCAGCCUUGCAGGUGAUCAGAGGUGGAAUGGUAAUGUAAUGUGGCUACAGAUAUUGGAUUCAUUUUGUUUCCCUAACAUAUUUUUAGUGUAGUUUAAAAACUCUUGGAGUUUUCACUCCCACAAGCCCAUGAUGGAUGCAUUUCAUGCUGAGAAUAUGGAGACCAAGAGUCGAAUGUAGGCUUACAUAUUUUUAUUUGUAUAUAGUUGUGGAAAUAUCAUGCUAGGGUGUAAUGAUUGUUUUUAAUAUGUCAAAAAUAUGUUUUCAACGUGCUCUAGGUGGUGCGGUGCAAAUGUAGUGUGGAAGUACCAUUCUAGCAGGAGGAUUUCAUGUGCUGUUGGAUCAGCCUCCUUUGUGAUCAGAGGUGGAAUGGUAAUGGAAUGUAUCCAUAGAUAUUGGAUUCAUUUUGUUUCCCCAAUUUAUUUUACUAUGAAAAAUUAUC